UGUAUGUCAGCAACAAAAACCUUUUUUUCUUAAUAUUUAUGGCUGAUAUGGAAUGUGACCGUAAAAAUUCCCAUUGAUAGGUUCCACUAUUUUUCUGCGCCCUUUCUAAACCUCUUUCUCUCUUUUUAUCACACAAAUGGCAUUAAAACGUAUUAGCAAGGAACUUCGAGAUUUAGAACGCGACCCACCUACGUCCUGCUCCGCAGGCCCUGUCGGGUCUGAUUUCUUUCAGUGGCAAGCAACCAUGAUAGGACCCGAUGAUAGCCCUUAUCAAGGUGGCAUCUUUAACUUGUCUAUUACUUUUCCUACAGACUAUCCUUUUAAGCCUCCAAAGAUUAGUUUUACAACAAAAAUAUAUCACCCCAAUAUAAACAGUAAUGGUUCUAUUUGUCUCGAUAUCUUGAAAGAUCAAUGGUCUCCUGCUCUCACGAUUUCUAAAGUACUAUUGUCUGUCUGUUCAUUACUGACUGACCCUAACCCUGAUGAUCCACUUGUACCCGAACUCGCGUACAUUUACAAAACCGAUCGACCUCGUUAUGAAGCUACAGCUGCUGACUGGACUCAAAAAUAUGCUAUGUAAGAUAACAGCUUUUUGUUCUUUUUUUUUUUAUUAUUAUAAUAAUUAAACAAGGAUUUUUUUUUCUUUU